UAGAAGGGAAACCAUACAAUUGUACAAAAUGUGCAGAAAGCUUCAGUACAAGCUGUUCCCUUGCAUUGCAUAAAAAGAUUCACAAAGCAGAGGAUCCACGCAAAUGUCUGGAUUGUGGAAGGACCUUCAGUCAGAAAAGUGAUCUUAAUUCACAUAAGAAGGGCCACGAAGAGAGGAAGCAACAUCGGUAUGUUAAUAGGGAAAAAAGCUUCGGAAGCAGUGCCUCCCUUACUUCCCAUCAAAGCCUCUACAGAGACGAGACGUUGCAUCAACUCAGGGAGGGUAGAACGAGGAUUACUCAGAGCAAGGAACCAAAUUCCCGGGAAAAAAAGCCCACUAGGAAGAAAUCAUAUGAAUGCCUUGAAUGUGGGAAGAGCUUCCACUAUGUGAGUGUCCUCACUUGCCAUAAUAGGACCCAUACAGGGGAAAAGCCAUAUCACUGCAUGGUGUGUGGAAAGAGCUUCAGUCAAAAAGGUCAUCUUAAGUCACACGAGAGGAUCCACACGGGAGAAAAACCCUUUCAAUGCCUGGAGUGUGGAAAGAGCUUUCGUACAUCCAGCACCUUAAUUUCCCAUCAAAGUAUGCACAGAGGAGGGAAACCAAAUCAAUGCACCCAGUGUGGGAAGUGCUUCAGUCAAAAAAGUCACCUUAAUAUCCAUAAAAGAAUCCACACAGGUGAUAAGCCCUAUAAGUGCACCGAGUGUGACAAAUACUUGACCACGUUGUGGGGCCUCACUUGCCACAAAAGGCUCCAUUCUGGGGAGGGACCAUAUAAAUGCUUGGAGUGUGGAAAAACCUUUAGCAACACCUCUUCUCUAACCAUACAUAAUAGGAUGCAUACUGGGGAAAAGCCUUAUAAAUGCCUGGAGUGUGGAAAGAGCUUCAGUGAUAAAAGUCAACUUAAGUCACACGUGAGGAUCCACACGGGAGAAAAACCAUUUCAAUGCAUGGAGUGUGGAAAGAGCUUCUGUCGCUCUGUAUCCCUUACUGACCAUCACAGAAUCCACACAGGAGAGAAACCAUACAAAUGCCUGGACUGUGGAAAGAGCUUCAGGAAAAAAGGUCAUCUUAAGUCACAUGAGAGGAUCCACACGGGAGAGAAACCCUUUCAAUGCAUGGAGUGUGGAAAGAGCUUCCGUACAUCCAGCACCUUAAUUUCCCAUCAAAGAAUGCACAGAGGAGGGAAACCAAAUCAAUGCACCGAGUGUGGGAAGUGCUUCAGUCAAAAAGGUCACCUUAAUAUUCAUAAAAGAAUCCACACAGGUGAAAAGCCCUAUAAGUGCACCGAGUGUGACAAAUGCUUCACCA